AUCCGUGAGCGCGCAUCAACGACACGGACACCGCGCGGUGUACGUAGCGCGGUACCGAUCGACGAGAUCGCGUCACUAUUUUCCAUCGAUCGAAAUUCGCACAACAACAUAUGUAUCUGUAUCAUUGCAACGAGUCGUCGAGUCUUCUUCGCGUUGUUGACACCGCGUACCCUUGACGGUGUUUACCCGCGGGUCACCGGGCGCCGCGCCGUUACGACGGAGCUGGAUUCUCUUCACGUCGGAUACAAAACCUGAUUCUCUCGUACGUACGAGUUGUCGCGACAACUUCGGGGGUGUUUUGUCGCCAAUUAGUAGUUUUAUCGGUCGGCGACAUCUCCGUCUACGAUUAACUCUGUCGUACUAUCAUUUACUACACCGACGAGGCAUCGCUAUCUUAGAAGCGAGUCGAUGAAAUUCAACUACCGCCAUUGAAUUGCCGUGGUGAUCGAUCGAUCGAUCGACGGAAACGACCGGUCCUCGUAGUAUCGUUUGGAUUUCUGACUAGCGACGUCCAUUUCUUCGCUUCCCCAUUUCACCGGCAACGCGUGAUUUUCCACCUCUUUUACAUUCCUCCGGAUAUACUCCGCUGUGCGUACCCCAACCGGAAAAAUCCACCUGUCGUACUUGCUUUUCGUUCACCUGUUGUUGCUCGACGUCGCGAUCUUCUACCGGAAUGUUCGCGUGAAACGUGUCCGGCUAACCCCGGGUCGCAAUUAGACAGACGAAGGAGGAGAUGGGUUGGAAAAAGUCGAGGGAACGUCGCGUUCCGUUCCCUCGAUGGGAAACAGAUGUUUGUCGUAGAGCUUACAACGCAUAAUCGUGGGCUCUGCCGAGUCACAAUUCUCUCGCGGAGAGAGAUAAAUGAGGGAACCCGUCGAAUCCCCUGGGCGCAUUACAUCGUAAAAGUAACGGAGACGCGAGAGAUCGUACGCAUACUUAUGAAGUACGCCACGCGAAGUACCUGUAUGACCGGAAGCCGUUCGCUUUUACACGGUUCCAGGCGUCACGCAGACGGGGGCGAUUGAUGAAGCGGUGCAUUGAAUUUUUGAAUUACCCAUUAUACGCCGCGAAUGUCGCGCACGAUGACAUACCGCGCCUAUAAAUCCGACGAUUUCAGAUCCGCCGCGUAAUUCCGCGCUUAUAAAAUUGAAAUCACCGGUGUACGCGUUACACGUUGUAUCGCCUCGGGGACGAAGAGAAUUGCGAUCGAUUGCACGCCGUCCUUUUCUUGCCGGCGGAAUCUGUCGCGUGACGACUUCCAUUUCUCCAAUAACAGGCUGUAUUGUUAGCUAUGAAUGGCCGGGCAUCGGUCACGUCGAGUCAACGAAAAUGCCGUGUUUCGUUACAGAGCCGUUUGCCUCACGGCGUCUAUCUCCGUACUCGUGUAUUAUACGUCCGACUUGGGUAAACACGAUAAAGGAUCGCCCGCACUGUGCAUAAACUCUGUAACAUUACGACGACGGUGGUGGUACGGUGGUAUCCUCACUUUAUUCCUUCUUUUUCUGCGCUUCGUCAUUCAUUAUUUUCUUCCAUUUUAACGGUCGUCUCAUUUAUGCUUCAGCUGCAAAAUGCGCAGGCACGUGAAAUCGAACGGAUGGUCCGAUAUCGCGGUUAAUUUGUCGCAUGAUAAUUCGAAUGCGAGAAUCGAAUAUUCAAAUAACUUGGCACGGUCUCUUCGGAACGGAAUGAGAAUAACGCGUCAAAUGUAUCGGGUGGUCGUCAGUCUUCGUCAAUUCCGCCGUGCCGCGAUGAUUCAUGACGACGCUGCUUCCGAAUAUGAUACCCGCUGCUUGUAUCGCGGCGCGAUUCGAGGUAAACGUUCGACGCGCGUACCCUGGAACGAAGACAAUGAAUUUUAAAAUGUCGACCCGGGACCAGGGAAGGCUUGGCGUCGAAAGAAUGUGAAACGCGCGAGUUAGUUACCCUUGUCACGGGUGAGCUAGAUCCAUACCAUCGACCCGUAACCACCUCCAACCGCGCACGUCGGACGCACGGCUUGCGCGAAAAGGUUUCCCACGUCAUUUACUAUUUGUGGAUCAUCGGCUUUGGUUCGAAAAGCAGCGCGCGGGUCCUGUACGUACCUCGCAAUUCACAAUUGGUCGGAAGCCGGAGUUCGUAUUGUUCGGAAAAAUUAACCAGCCGCGCCCGUCCCGCGACGAUACCGGGCGGUUUUGCUCCAUUUUGUAUCGCCCGCCGCCGAUUGUCGUUACAGCGGUCGUUUCGCGGGUCGAAAUACUCGCGACAAUUUGUCACGGGGGAUAUUCGUCGGUGGUUCGCCGACGUUGGAAGAGGUGCACGACGAAUUCGACAGACCUGACACCGAUACGUGGAGAAAUCCGGCGCGGUCGGUUCACCCCGACUCUGAGACAUGUCCGGAUCGAACGAAACGUGACUUCCUGUUACGCAGCCGAUCCAUCGUCGACCAAUUUGGAAGCAGAGCGGGAAAUAUGGUGGCCGAACUAGCCGGCAUUUCUGCGGAGAACGCGGAGCAGAAAACUCGUGCCGAGUCCAGCACCGGAAGACCGAGACCGAGGUGGAUCCAAACGGCGACUCGCGAACCCGUCUACAGCGUUCUGGAUAGCAAUUACUCGGACAGCGGGACGAUUCUCAACGAUAACGUGGUGGUGAUCAGUGCGGUAAUCAGCGGCGAAGUUAACAGAAAAGUUAUAUCCGACGUAACGAGCGUCCGUCAAAAGGAAUCACCCUACGUUUGGCUACCGACAGAAACGGCGGGGUCGUCGGGCGACCCGUCGAACGUAGCCGAAGAGGAAGACCCGAUCUACAGCGUGGUCAGGAAACCGCGAAAAAUACGGCAAAGGGAAUCUUCGGAGACGUCCGAGCGUCGGCUAGAACUCGACAAGUGGCUACAUUCCGCCUCGCGGCUCACCGGACCGAGGUCCGACCUCACCGAGGAGCUGAAUUUUUUGGUAAAAGAUAGAGCGAUGUACGCGGCAAACGGCGAUCAAACAUUUGACUCGAGUCGGCGGGGAGGCGGCGUACGAGGACCCCCCGCGGGACUUAGCCGAGGAGUCGUAGGACUCGUUGGCCCGUACCGGGUCUACCCCGACCCGAACGAACGCAGGGAAUACAUUCUGAGGGAAGAGGAACUCGUAGAAGAAAUCGUCGACUCGGCGAGCGAAGUUGCGCCCGGAGAGAACGCGACGAUCGUACCGAACGAGCCCAAUCGUCGAAGGGCAAAAUGGAGAAUCAGGGAGGACGACGAAGAGACGCUCGUGCCGGAACCUCUCGAUCCAGAGGCGUGGAACGAUUCUCGAGGCGAAGAACCGGUCGAAGGUCCCGACGGAGAAUCCGAUGAUCUCGGAUGGAAGGAUGAGGGGAAUUCGAGACCACCGUCCGCCGGGAGAGAGAACCGGAGAGUUCGCGAGGGCGAUUCAUUCGGUGACGAGGCGUCGAUGAUUCUUCCGGGAAAACGGGAACGAGCCGUCGAUGUUCCGGAUGGCGCGUCGACCGCGUCGACGACGGACAACGUGAUCAAUGAACACCAGGACAAGGAUAGUCUGAACGAAACGGGCAGUACGGCGGGGGGCGCCGUGGAGGGUCACCCGAGUGGAAGUCCUUCGGGAGGCAGCGGCGGAAUCAGGGACGGCGUGCCGCUGUCCGGCUCAUCGUCCACUUCUCCGCCCCCUCGGUCGUUGGUAUCGCGAAUUCUCGCACGUGCUCGUUCGCCCCACGACCUCUUGGAACACUCGGAACCAUUCUCGCAAUUAUGGGUGGUUUUAUCGAAUCUUUACGGAAAAUUGGUAGUGGUUGUUAUGCUGGCUCUUUGUCUCGCCGAAGUAAUGGAUACGCCGGUACCUCUGCACAGUCUCCAGGGUGUAUUUCUGAUGUACCUCUACGUCGGGAGCAUCGCAGUUAUCAUCGGUAUUUAUUUAUGGGUCCUCGUGGACAGCUGCAGCAGCAUGAGCGGUGGUUCGAACGGGGUCGAAGAUGCCGAACUCGGAGGUGCUUCUCUCACAAGAUUUGGUUCGUUAAAACGAGCACACAUCUCUCGGACUAGGACUGCCCCGACUAGUUUUUACAUCCGGGUCGGAGCUCUGCUUUUUGGUCUUGCAACGCUAGUUUUUAACGGACUAGAAAUGGCGAUGCACUCGAUGAUGCAGGGGGACAAAUGUUACAACGAGAUCGUCUUCGUGCAUCCGGUUCUUCACGGGCUCUUCACAUUCCUGCAGAUGCACUUUCUCUUCGUAAACUCUCAAGUUAUCGUAGAACGAUUCGGACUUGUAGCUAGAUUUGGAUUUACUCAUUUGGCCGCGACAAAUGUUGCAGUUUGGGCGAGGCUCGUUAUAUGGGACUCUGCCCAAGAGUGGACGUAUCUCGUCCAUCUGGCCCAGCAGGGACCUGAUGACGUGACGUCGCCCUUGCAUCUUCGUGGUUUUCCCGAGUCAAUCACUCGACACGUUCGCGAUUUGAUCGGUGAGCCUGUACCGAGUAAUGCCAUAUUCAAUCCGUAUCAACCGAUAUCCGAUCAACAGAUUUCCCAGGUGGUUGAGCUUCACGACUGUCUCAAUACAAACACCCUGGGUCGUCUCUGGACCUCUAGUGUGCCGUUCCUCUAUCCAUUUAUAGUGCAGUUCAGUCUGAUCGCCGCAGCUGUUACCUACGUGAUGGGUCAAAAUGUUGGUCGCAAUCGUUUGUCGCACAAGCACAAGUUCCAUGUAACUAAAGACCUGUCCGUCGAUACCAGGAUAGGAUGCGAUGGAUCGAGCAAGGGUCUCUUUUUGGGUAUACUCUGCAUGGUAGCGGGUAUCGUUGUAAUAAUAAUCUUUCUCGUAGUCAAAGAUGACGAAAAUUUCCCUACGGAAACUUUAUCUUGGCUCACCUGUGGCACUCCUAUUGGAAUACUGGCAUUAAGUGGACUAAUGACCGCUAGUGGACUCGUUCAGGUCAGACAAAUGUCCGUCGUUACCAGAGCUCCGGCUACUCUGGAUGGGCUCCUAUCGAAUGUAUCUUUGUUCGGGGUUCAGCUGUAUUCUGUGUUUACCUCGGUUGUGGCUGCCUGUUCAUUGGCAACAAUGGAUGACAAGUCUGAGAAUUUUAGAGCAAGAUACAUCGUGCUACUGGUCGUCUCUGUCCUACAACUGGUUCAGUGUUGUGCCCAAAGUACGUUGAUCGCCGAGGCUUCCAAGAGAUCUUGUAUAACCAGAAUCCAAAUGAUAGCCAAGCCUGCGAGACAGGUCAUCACUUUUCUGCUCUUCAGCAACGCCGUUCUCUGGGCAUUUGAUACCGUCGUCACACAGAGCUGGCUGUCGCAAGAACUACAGCUCAGAUUUUUUGGAGUACUCGCAUGGGGGGUGAUUUCUAGGAUCGGACUGCCUCUUCUAGUGUUUUACAGAUUUCACAGUUGCGUCCUCCUCCUUGAGGCGUGGAGUAAAUGCUACAGAAUGCCGCGGGGCGAACAUCCGCUCAACUGACAGCGUAGGAUCACUAACAGUGUCCCUUACAACGG